CCUGCCCAGACCCCACCCUCCCCGGGUCCCGGCCUGUCCCUGCCUUGCUUCCCGACUCCUCUUUUCUACCCCUUUCUAAGUUUGGACAGGUUUUCGACUGCUUCCAUCUCCUGGCCCUACAUGCCCUCCUCCCUCCCGGCCCCAUCACCUCGACCGGGGACCACGCAGGGAGGAGGUCGGGUCGGGUCUCACCCCUUCCUGCCUCCAGGCUCCCACUCGCUGACGUAUUUCUACACCGCUGUGUCCCGGCCCGGCCUCGGGGAGCCCCGCUUCAUCGCUGUUGGCUACGUGGACAACACGCAGUUCGUGCGGUUCGACAGCAACGCCCGGGAUCCGAGGAUGGAGCCGCGGGAGCGGUAGGUGGAGCAGGAGGGGCCGGAGUAUUGGGAUCAGGAGACGCGAAAGGCCAAAGACACCGCACAGACUUUCCAACUGAACCUGAACAACCUGCGCGGCUACUACAACAAGAGCAAAGCCGGUGAGCGACGCGGGCCCGGGUCCGGGUCACGGCCCCCAUCCCCAGAGACCAGAGGGGUCACCCCGAGUCUGCGGGUCCGAGGGUCACCCCAACACUGCAGAACA